GACGUCACGAGCUUCUUCGGCGCGCUUUUUCGUUCAUGGGCGCGGGACGCGAUUCUAAAGUCCAAACGAACUGCGAAGCGUAGAGAUGGACAAAGAAAGUGUUCUAGAAAAGUUGAGAGGCUGCAUCAAGAGCAAGAACCUAAAGCUGGUGUACGACUUUCUGAUGAAAAAUGCCCUCAAAGGUGGAGCCGAUCUUCCUUCUGUUGCAGGAAAAUUAAUUGAAGAGCUUCCAGACAAUGAGUUUGGAAGAGAUCAGCAUGUUCAAAUCUUCACUACCCUUCUUAACAUCUUGAAGAAAGUGGAACUUACAUCCAAGAUAAGCUCAGAAGUCCUCAGCAUCCUCAAUACAGAGGUGGACCACAUACCCGUGAAUAGCCUUGCUGACGUCGUCCAUGGACUUAUCGAUUCGCUCAAAGAAGGAAUUCCACUGGAUGGCCGGUGGCUGGAGAUGCUGCCACAGCUGCUGACUACGAUUGCAGCCAGUGAGACAGUGGCUGCCAGAGGCGACACAUUGUCUGGCGUCCAGUUCAAGAAGCUCAUUGUCGAGAGCCUCUGCUCGUGCGCCUGGGAGCCCAAAUGGGCCACACCUCUCGCCCGGAUCCUCAGCGAAAUCCCAUUAGAUUCAUCGGAGCUCGAGUUUGCGGUGCCAAAAAUGAUGCGGGUUCUUCCAGACCUGGAGUUGGCAGAAGUUCCACCGCUCGUCUACCAACUUUUACUCUUUGCAAACCAGGAAGGCAUCGAGGUCAUCUUGGAGACAGUGAUAAAGUUCUUUGCCCAGAAGGAGAAGGACUUGCAAUGUAAUGGUGCUUCUGCCCCUGGCGCCAAAGAAAACCUGGAGCAGACCGAGGCUACUGUCACCCUCCACGUUGUAUUUGCUGCACGACAGAACCUCGUCAUCACCCGUACCAUCGUCAAAAUGCUCAAGGCAAGGCAGAUACAAGCGAGCUUUAUCUUCAGUCAAUUCACCUUGACCCUUGCCCUGGCCCUGACGAAGAUGCACCCCUUUGCGGAGCAGAUGCUGGAUGUGUUGAAAGCUGCUGUAUCCUCUAAUGCACUAAGGCAUGUCAGGUAUAAGGAGUCUUUCUGGGUGAGGGAAAUGAUUCCCAAGCCUCAAGACCCCAGAAGGAUCAUUGUCAACAUGAUCCAGCACAGCAAGUGUGGCUGGGAGGAGUCGUCCCAGAGCCUCGCCGAGUUGGGCUUUCUGCUCAUGGAUGCAUUUGGACCCCGUACGGGCUUUGGAAGGGGUCCUAACACUGCAAUUUCUAACGACUGCUGUCAGCUGGGCUUGAGUAUCAUCCUGGAAAUCUUCAAGGUCAACAAAAUUGCCUGCUAUAACAUUCUUGACCUGCUCUCAAAACGCCUACUUCCCAAGACUACUGCACCAGUGGAACACUAUUUCGAGCUGUUUGCCCGGAUGAUUCAGGCCUGCCCUCAGCUGCUGGUGCAGUGCCAGGCAAGGAUUCAGCAGUUAUUAGGACAGCUUCCCAAUCUGCCUUGCCACACGACGACGCAGCUUCUGCGGGCGGCUACACCCCUCAUCAAGGUCUCCCUCGCACUCAGGGAUUGGCUCAUGAUCAUGCUGCGCAAGCUUGUCUUUCACCGGGAGCUUGAAUCUCGCAAGGUGGCAGUGUCUGGCAUCCUUAUACUGCUCCGCAACCUGAAGUCUUUGGAACCUGUCGGACUACACGGACAGGAAAAUGAGUUCACCCUGAGCCAGAUUCGGGUGGAAGUGUCCCAGCCGAGUGACCCUAGCUCUCACAGAGCUGUGUGCAUGGAGCUGCUGGGACUGCUCAACAAGUGCUUGACGCAACAGGGUUCUGUGCGGCAACUUUUGUACCAGGGGCUCCCAGAGGUGAUCAGCCAGAACAUCAACCUCUCUGGAGCUGUGCUUGAGCUACUUCUUGUACAGCUUGAGAAGUACUACAGUGAAGAUAAGAACUCCUAUCCACCACUUAAGCUGUCGGGCAUUGUACAGAUCAACAUGGACAAGGCUGUCUUGCAAGAACCUCUGAGCCAACUAGUCCUAUGCAUUCAUCGUUGCCUCUCAGUCUGUGAUAAGCAUGCUCAGGACUGCUCUGAUAACUUCGAGGAGUGUGAAGGGGUGGAUCCAAAGUCCAAGCUUCAGAAACUGAUGCAGAGCCUCACCAGUGUCAUGGUGGAUGCUGAAUUGGAGGAUUUUUCGUUGGACAAGAUGUCAGACUUUAGCACCACAAGUGCUGUGGGUCAAAAGAACAGACUCCUUGCCAUGGAGAUCAUGUGGGUUUGCGAAGCGCUGAUGGAGCAUUCCUUGUGGAGUGCAAAUUGGAGUGCCACAAGUGCCCAGGUGGCUGUCAAGCUGUUCUCGCAGCGUUCUAACAUGGAGCAAGUGCUCCGGAAUCCUUCCAAAAAGAAAGAUGGCAAAACAGCACCGGCGGCAGCACUGAAGAAAAGCCUUCCCUCACUUCUCAGCGCAGAGUUUCUGGAAGCCCUCUUGAAGAACCUCUUUUGCUCUGCCUCUGAGUAUGAAGGCCUUUCAGAACUUUUGGAAAAUGGCACCUUUAUGCAAUACAUGGUCACAGCUGCACGCAAUGAACUCGUCAAAGUUCAAAACCCCGGCACGUUUGAGGCACUUUACCAUGACCGGUUGCUUGGUUCUCACUUCAGGAUUGCAAGGGUGUUUUUGCAGGUGUGCAAACAGCAGUCAAAGUCAGCAGAUGCUACCCUUCCUGCGAUCUGCAUUGAAAGUCUUGGGAACCUUGUCAGCAGUGUUACGAAGCAGCACCAAGUGGCUCACCUGCCCGUUUUGCUAGCCACCCUAGAAGCGGCCAACAUGUCGGAGCAACCAAAUCUGGGCCAGCUGAUUGAGAGCCAGUUUCGUGUUUACAAGAGCUUGGUCAACGACAUUUUGUCCUUGCCUGGAGAUGAGAACCCCAGACUGAAAGAGCUAGUCCCCAUCAUGCUCAUCUGCAGUGCAUUGUCCCACUUUAUCGAGUUGGAUUCUGACUUAUUUUCCGAACUGCGAGACUGGAUGAAAGGGAUCUGCAAGGAGCAAAGUAUCAGUGAUCCCGUCGUUUCGCGUAGCCUGGUGUCGUUUUUUCUCACCGUGAACCACCAGACAGCUGAGUGCCUGAGGAACCUUGCGCACAUAUCGGGCAGCGUUUAUUCCAACCUCGGAGACAUUGACGAGGAUGUGGAGCCGGGUAGAAGACAAACUUAUGCUGUCAUCAGCCCAAAAACAGCGGGGGCGGUGACCACAGUUUUGUUGGAUCACUUGCACAAGAUUCAAGAGCGCAUAGACUGGCUGCUAGGCGUGAUGAAGUGCUACAUUACCCUCGAGACACGUGCAAAAGAGAGGACAGGCGCCGAGCUGUCGAACCGGCAGGUGGAAGAGGUGGGCUUGUGCAGGCAGCUGGGAUAUCUGGUGGCCAUUUUUGUAGAGCUCACGCAGUGCCGUCUGCCUCCCGGCCCGUGCGUGGAAGGUGUCAUGAAGCAGCUCACCCGUCUCUACAACUCGCUCUCAGGUCUCAGCAAACUGGUGGGUUGGCAGUUGGCUCGAAUGCCUCUUGGCAUGCUCUUGCUUCAAUUGUCUGUGCCUCUGUCUUUGCAGUACCUGUGUUUGUAUAGCUCUAAACAGGGCGGCUUCUGCAAUAAGUUUGAGAAGCUCGUCAAGCUGGCCGCUACCGAACUGACACCACAAGUAUAUGCUAUGAUCACAUUUCUGCAGAGUGCCGAGCCGGAUGGACCUCCGAAAAUGAAGAAACAAAGACGGAAUGAAAUCCAGAAGGCAGUGGUUGCCAAAGAGCUGAGCAUCAUUCCCUCCCUUAUCUAUGCGAUUGAGCAGCACGAAAGACUGCUCAUUCAACUGGUCAAGAAAUCAAAGGUCAACCUCAUGGAGGGUGCCAAGAUGAGCACGGCACGGGACUUCCGCAUCAACUCUGCCACCGUUCAGGCCCUUCUUGAAGAAUCGGCUGAGGCCGACGAGAAUGAGGACGACGACGGAGAUGCCAGCGGGGAGCCUUCAGCGCGAUGCUCGGCGCCUGUGUCGUGCGCGAAGAAACCCGAGCGCAAGCGGUCCAGGAAAGCGGUGGCCAGUGGGAAAAGACAACGUUGACCUCGACGGCUAGAGCUUCGAACGCCACGCUAUUGUUUUUUUGUUUGCUUGUUUUUUGUAUUUUUUAUGUGUUUAAAACGCGGGAAAUGACUCGUGAUUCUAAUAAAUUAAGCACCUGCGCUGA